CACAAGAUUUGUGCUGCAAAUUCUUCAAACUCUUGUGUUGCUGUUACCUGGCGGCGAAUUUGCUCAAGAACGUGCUAUGUUGUGAGCAUUUAAGAAAUCAAUUAAAAGAAAAGUUAAGGUGACCGUUAAUGGAAUAAAAAGCUCGUAAUGUCGUUGCAGCGCUAACAAUUUAGAAGGCUAUCUUCCUCGGUGGGAAAAAAAAACGGUUUCAUCACGGUUCUUACAGUAACAAGUAAAUAGGAGGAAGCGCGGCCUGUUCCAAAAAGGAGGGGAGGCGCUUCAGCCUCGGACUCGAGUGGAGGUUAAUACGGGACUCCUGAGCCCUCGGCGUCUGCGGACUCGCCUAUCAGCGGGGCCCAGGCUGUCCCAGCCGGUCCUGUGAAUGAGGAAGUGGUACCACAGAUCCCCAGACAUUCCUGCAUAAUGUUGUGCCAAAUAGUUUGUCUCUCCAGGAAGAAAAGAGACUGCUGAUGGGAGAAUCUUCUUUUCUUGAACCCUGGGUCCCUCAGCGUUCUGUCGUGAUGGAUGAGCAGGAAGCUUUGAACUCAAUCAUGCAGGACCUAGCUGAGCUUCACAAGGCUAGCCGCCCUGCCUUGUCCCUCUCUGACUUGGCAAAGCCCAAGGCGUCUUCUCCCAAAAAUCAGAAUGAUGUCCGAGUGAAGUUUGAAUAUAGAGGAGAAAAAAGAAUUCUGCAGUUUCCUCGCCCCGUGAAACUAGAUGACCUAUUUUCUAAAGCAAAGGUGGCCUUUGGUCAAGCAAUGGACCUACAUUACACAAAUAAUGAGCUGGUUAUACCUCUGACCACACAGGAUGACCUGGAUAAGGCCAUUGAGUUACUGGAUCGCAGUGUCCACAUGAAGAGCUUGAAGAUACUGUUAGUCUUGCAAGGGAACAAUCAGAGUUCAACAAAUAACAUGGAACUGUUAACAUCAUUAGAGGACUUGGAUAACACCGCGUUUAGAGGGACGGAAAAGAAAAAUGCAUUGUCUUUAAUUGGUUCUCAUUCCACGGACCGCAGCUCUCCACCUCCAGGGUAUAUACCGGAUGCCCAGCAGCAAGUCGCCCACAAUGGAUCCUUCACCAGCAUUAAUAGCGAAGGGGAGUUCAUUCCAGAGAGUAUGGACCAGAUGCUGGAUCCUUUAUCAAUGAGCAGCCCAGAAAACUCUGCCUCAGGCAGUUGUCCUUCACUGGACAGCCCCUUGGACAGUGACAGUUACCCCAAAUCACGUAUGCCAAGAGCUCAGAGCUAUCCCGAUAACCACCAAGAGUUCUCUGAUUACGACAUUCCUGUGUUUGAGAAAUUUGGAAAAGGGGGAACGUACCCAAGGCGGUACCACAUCUCAUUUCAUCAUCAGGACUACAGUGAUGGGCGCAAGACAUUCCCUCGAGCUCGGCGCACGCAGGGUAACAAUUUCCGCUCUCCGGUGAGCUUCAGUCCCACCGACCACUCCCUGAGCACCAGCAGCGGCAGCAGCAUCUUCACCCCCGAGUUUGAGGAGAGCAGGAGCCGCAGGAGGGGGAGUGACAUCGAGAGCAACCCUACUCUCACAGUCAUGGACAUCAGCCCUCCUAGCCGCUCUCCACGGGCUCCUACCAAUUGGCGCCUGGGGAAGCUCCUGGGCCAGGGUGCUUUUGGCAGGGUCUAUCUGUGCUAUGAUGCCGACACUGGCCGCGAGCUGGCAGUCAAGCAGGUGCAGUUCGAUCCCGACAGCCCAGAGACCAGCAAGGAGGUGAGUGCCCUAGAGUGUGAGAUCCAGCUGCUGAAGAAUCUCUUCCAUGAAAGGAUCGUACAGUACUAUGGAUGCCUACGGGACACUCAAGAAAGAACUCUGUCUAUUUUCAUGGAGUACAUGCCAGGGGGCUCAAUAAAAGACCAGCUGAAGGCAUACGGCGCACUUACUGAAAACGUCACUCGAAAAUACACCCGGCAGAUCCUUGAAGGAGUGUCUUACCUGCACAGCAACAUGAUUGUACACCGAGAUAUCAAAGGAGCAAAUAUCCUCCGGGAUUCUGCUGGGAAUGUGAAGCUUGGAGAUUUUGGAGCCAGCCGGCGGCUGCAGACGAUCUGUUUAUCGGGGACAGGAAUAAAGUCAGUCACUGGCACACCAUACUGGAUGAGCCCAGAAGUGAUCAGUGGAGAAGGCUAUGGAAGGAAAGCUGAUAUCUGGAGUGUGGGCUGCACGGUAGUGGAGAUGCUGACACAGAGGCCCCCCUGGGCGGAGUUUGAGGCCAUGGCCGCCAUCUUCAAGAUCGCCACCCAGCCCACGAACCCCCAGCUGCCGCCUCACGUCUCGGAUCACUGCCGCGACUUCCUGAAGCGCAUCUUUGUGGAGACCAAGCUCCGGCCGUCAGCGGAGGACCUCCUCCGCCACAUCUUCGUGCACUAGCAGUCUCGCCCCGUUGCGUGGGGGGGGGAAGAUGUUUCGUCUGCACUUUCUUCUCUCUUUUCUCUUUGUUUGCAUCCCCAGAAGCCUCUUUACCUGCAAGAAAAGACAAAGAGGGGCUUUUACUCAGCCUGAUUUAGGGAACAUUGCACCUUAAUAAAAAGGGUAAGCACCUGCUAAAAUCUAAAUAUUGUGAAGUGUAUUUUCAACACUUGUAACACAUUGUGUACUUGUCUAGUUCUGGGUGUAUUCUAGAGAUGGGAUAGCACUGGAGUGCUGGUUUGAUAAUCUGAUGUGUUUCAUCAUGGUCUGUUGAACCUGGGGACUAUGUGGUACUGUAAGUGUCUGCGAAGAAAUCAUGUCAUUUUGAAGCAUCAGCGCUGCGGUUUUUCGACACAAAGCAACAAACUGUUUUCUAACAUCCACCCCCACGUUCUUUAUUUUUCGUAGGUCUGCUGCUUAAACUACUUAUUGUGUGCCUUUAUAUCUUUGGAGACUGUUUAGUUAGCUUAAAAGUUGAAAACAUGUAUCUUACUAGGAGUUGACAUAAACAUCUUCACUUUUAUUGUUCACCUGGACUGGAAAGGUAUGCAAGUUUUUUGCAUCCAAACUUCAGUCCGUAAAAAUGUUUGCCAACUCAGAUGGUACAUGGAUUUUAAGGCUGACUGAAAGCAACCUGUGAUUUGCUUGUUGUACUGCUGUUUGUUUCAGCGUCUGGUCUUUUUAAUUCUGUCCUUGGCGUUUUCAGUCACUUUUACUAGAUAGCCUUUGUAGGUUAAUCCUAUACACUUAAUGGUUGGCUUUAAUAACCAAAAACAGCAGAUGAAGCCUUUAAAGAUGUUGCAUUUGGUAACAGGACGUGCGUGUCAGUGACAUCUGCGAAUGUGUCAGGCUUGAGAGAGUUAAGAUAAUAGUGUAGAUUGAGAGUUUUCUGUUUCAGCAUGGUAACCUUGCAUUACUUUGGCAUUCUGCAGGUUUAACUUGGGAUAGGGACACUAGCCUUGUCAUUGAUGUUUGAGUAUUCAAACAAAUUAUAUUUUGCAAGCAGCAAAUGUAUCCUUCUUGAUGUGUGUGAAGGGCAUCAAUUCUGUGUAUUGAAGUCUAAUUUUAAGGUUUAUACAUUAUAUUAUAUCCUGGGAGGCAUUAAAAAGACAACAAAUACCACUGGGUUCAAUACUUACAGUUGUGAUUUUAGUGCCUGUCAGUAUAUUGUGGCAGUGACCUUAAUUUCUCUUCCAGUAGCAAAACAAUAUUUGUCUUUUGAACCAGGUGCCAAACAAGGGGGAAAUGAGAAUAAAAGACAGAAUCUCAAAGCAAAACGUUUACCUAUUGAUAUAUGCAUUGUUAUCUUUCAAAUUAGUCUGUUUCAUUGAAAACCCCUUAUACAGCAUUAUGCUAAGUAUACAAAUGUGCAUCAAAGGGUUUGUAAGGGAUUCAACAUGUCAUUCUAAAAUAAUAACCACAACCAAUAUUUAAGAUGGUUGGAAAUGUCUUGUUCGAUGAUAAUGUUUAUCUAUUUGCUAAUGGAAACUACACAAGCCCUGCAUUUACUGUUACUAAACAUUGAGAGAGUACAGAUAAGUCAUUUUGCAUUUUGAAUUGUUUACAAAUUUAUUGACAGCUUGAUGAUGGAUCCACUUCUCGGAGGUUUUCAGGUGAACUUUGUAAAACUGGUGAAAGGAAAGGUGUCUGCUGUGAAAUCCUUUAUUUUCAUGAUUGUAUGUGUAUUUAUUGUGAAGCCUGUUACCUUGCUGAGAAAUUUUAGGUUUACAAAUUGUUUCCUACUUUGCUGACGACUGUUUGUAGUCAUCUAGAUGUUGGAAAUACAGCAAAAGAGCUCGGUGCUGUGGGUCUUCAGAUGCACCUUGGUAAAGGGCUCAGUUGCUGUACCAUAAGUAAGGGUUUAAAGACUGGAGCAAACCAGACAGAUUUCUGUCAUGUUUCUUUUACAUGUAAUAGGAAAAGUAUGGUGUCAGAGGCCAUACUCAUAUCCUGAGGUUUUUGUCAGGCACACCUAUCCUUGUGAUAUUUGUAUUUCCAGGAAUGUUGUGAUUUUUUAAUGCUUUUUAUAUGCAUCUUAGGAGGUAAUCUGUUCCUUGCUAAAAUACCGUAUGUGCUCUUUAUGAUAUUGGCUUUCCACAUUCACCUUUACAGCCGAAACAGCCGAUUUGGAUGUAUAACCAGUUCCGUGCAGAGAUCCUGUUGUACAUCACCUGACAGAUGCAGGAUUGUCCAUUCCAUUGGUAGGUUAGAGCAUUCCAAAGCUGCUGUUGAGUUUGAAUCGUCAGAGGUCAUAGCUCCAAGGUUCCAAGGUUAUUUGCUGAGCUGAGUCAAGUCUUGUCCAGUAGACGUUCCAGGAAUAAAUAUCCAAAGUUAUUUUUGCACAGGCCAGUAGGUGUAAAUCAGAGUUGGAAUUCUUAAAAGGUAAAAAGGCGAAAGGUCAUUGUAUGCAAAGGUGCAGUAUUUUAAAGUUUACUUUUUUGUUUUAAAUUCUGGAUCAAGUCGCCAAAGAAGCACUGUACUAGGUACCCAGAAUUUUGGAAGAGCUGGUAAAAAUGGAUCUUGAUUUGCGCUGCAUUUCUUUGAGUCUGCUUUAAAAAUGGUACAUGACGGCAGCACAAUUGUGAUACUCUUCUCCGCUUAGAUGAGAUCUGUUGUUUUAGAAAGUGGUUCCAGUACCUCUGUUAGUUCAGUGACUAUGGGCAAUGACUUUUGAGUGAAUUCCCAGGAGAAUCCAACCCCCAUUAGCAUUUUCAAUUAGUAUAAGCUAUUUAAUUAUGCAAUUUACCCCUUGCAUAGCAAUAACAGAAAGUUAAGACGCAUCUAACUACUAGUUAAGCUGUUAUUAAGAAUAAAUGUCUAUAAUAUUUCAAAUAUACAGUUCCAUUAACAUUUAUAUUUGCUCUCUUGUCAACAGAUACGGUGCAGUUAGAGCUCUGUGUACAGUAUGGUCUGUGCCAUAAAUGAAAGCAUUUUGUUCUCAUUACAAAUAGAUUAUGUCCUUUUGUAACCAGAUGGCUCUAACCUCUCUCUCUAAAGUUAUUUAUGCUGCGAGGGGUGCCAUUGGCUUUGGGAUUGAAAAUGCUGUCUGAUUUGACUUUUUUUCUAGUACAUCAAUGUUGUGAAACCCUGACAUGUCACAUACCUUACUGAAAAGAAUUACAAUUUAGUCACCCUUUAGUAUAGGGAGACUUUUCUUUACCUGCAGACCUACCUUUUUCUAAUUGCUGUACCAUUCUUGAACAGAAGCCUUGUAAAAAAUCUUUAUCUUUAGAGGUGGAUGACACCAGUGCUUGUAUUAUAGCAAUCCUCCACCCAGAAAAGACCUUUUGACCUGGAGUUAUAAUCCAAUCUACCUGAUAACCUGCAUGAUGAUUCUCCUUAAUUUUGGAUUUUGAUCCUGGCUUUUUUUUUUCACUUAGCAUCUUCUGUUUUCCAUGAACCGGAAUUCAAAUCUUAAGAACUGACCUUAGGCAUGAUAUUUGAAGUUGUGUCCUCAUGGAAUAUCAGUGCUGUACAGUUUUCUGUACAUACACAUCACAUGACAAGAUUUACCCAGCAAAUUCAUUCAUCUAAAUUGUAUAAGGCCCUUAUACAAUUAUAAAGAAGAGUGAGAGAAGUGAGGUAAUACAGGAAGUUAUUUGCAAAUGAGAGGUGUUCAAAUUGAAUCUUGCUUUUGCUGCUAUGGUUUUAUUGACAUGGGGGAUGGCAUUUUCUUGAUUUGAGGGGAAGGACUUGUCAGUAUCUGUUCUUUUGGGCCUGAUUUGAGGAUACAAAAGCCUUCAAGUUGUAUGAAUGUAGAAAUUCAUCAAAGUGUUAAAAUCAUCAUGGAGUUUGAGCAUGUGUGAAACAAGGCAAUGAUGUGCUGUACCUUUUUAAGGGGAUUUGGCAGAAACACUAGUUCCUGAUCAGGACUGAAUGAAAGCAGAGUUGCUUGAGUUCAACACAAAACUCGGAUCGACACCAGUCUCCAUUAGUGCCUCUUCUUCAUUUUUCCAAGACACUGUCAUUCUCAGUUUUCAGCAGCUUCAGGUCUGCAUCUGUUUCUUUGUCUUGCGCCAAAGUCUGUUGUACUGUACUCUAUAAUGAUUUUGAUACAAACUAAACAAAAAUUGAUGCAAAAGAAGCACUUGUCACCCAUAUGACAUCUCAGCUACUCACAAGCCAAGAGAUUUUAUGAUAUUUCCUAGGUCAGGAAGUGAUGAGAAUGUUAAGUCUAAGCAGAUGUAAGGAGUAGACUGACACUUACAAUCAAAUUUGUAAUAUUCACUUUAUUGAUAACUGUUUGGCUGGGGUGGUGAUUCCUGUAACCUGUAACCCUGUAACUAGGGGUUUUCACUUGUAUACCACACCCAACUUCAAUAUUUAUACAUUAGGAUCCAGGUUUUGUUAUUUUGGAUUUUGAAAGAUAUUUUGGCAAACCAGCAAAACAAGAGUUCAUGAGAAUAAGUAAAAUAUUUCAAAAGCCAAAUUCAUGACUUUAGGGAAGAUGACAUCUCCCACUUAUUACUACAAGGUGAUGAACUCCAUACUACUGCUCCUCCUACUGUUAUUACUACUGUUAUUUUAUAAUGUUGUAAAACUGAUAUAAUACACACAUUCCAAAAAGUCAAGCAAUGUAAAAAUUGCAGAACAGGUGUAAUUAUUUAUAUACAAAUUAGUCUUUAUGGUGCUGCUUAUGUGGCUUCCUGUGGCAGACCCAACUUCAUUACAAAUGUUUCAUGUGUCAAGUGAUUUGAGUGAAGUGACUUCAUUCUGAAACUCACUGUUGAUCCUCUUUGAUCUGACUUUAUGUAUUAAUUUUGUAGAAUUUUAGUAGAUUUAAUGUUUAAUUUAGCAAUGUUCCGAAUAUGUUUUACCCAAGUGCUCGUGUUUAAUAUUCAUGUAAAACAACAUAAUUAGUACUCCUGAUUAGGAGGCGGCACUUGUGUUUUUGACAGAGUGUUUACUCUUCAAAUCUAUUAAUUUCCUAUAUCAUUGCUAGGAAAUGGGAUAUUUGCGUAGCAGUCACAAAUUAUGUACCUUGAGCAGUUACCAAUAUUUGGUCAUGAAGAAAAACUGCUCAACCCCCAUAAAGCAAUUUGCAGAAGAAUGUAAAAAAAAUCGGACAGUAGGGAGACACAAUAAUUAAGUGUCGAUGAUUACUGUCAAACCAGUACAUUCACAAGAAAACUAUAGUCUUCAUUGGUACAGGAACCACAAAACAUUGCAGUGAUCCACAUAAAUUUCAUGUCCUUUAUGCUGCUUCUUUUACAUUGGGCAGUAGUAAGUUGUGUUUAAGUUUUAUGUUUCUUAGUACUUGUUUAUAUAACUCAAUUUGCAAUAUUUAUUGGAUACCACACUUAAAACCUUUAAAAACAAUCAAUAAUGCUGCUAAAAAAUGCCAGUAAUUUUUUUCUAUGGUCAAAAUAAAUAAAAAAAACAGGUGUUCAAUAAUUUAUAUUGUAAAAAUAUUUUAAUAGACAUCUAUUCAAGUCAUAUUUAAUCUUUCUUAAUGCACAUCUGUAAAAUAAGUUUAAAAAAUAAAGGACAAUAAGUUGAAUGGAAAUGUAAAACUCUGAAAAACAAAACAUUUCCUAUCUUGUGAUUGUAUUAAGGCCAAGAUAGGAUUGUUGCCAAACUGAAUCCAUCAGCAGUUUUACAGUAGGUUUCUCCUGUGAUUGUCCUGUGAAAAUGUAGGCUUGUCUUUCACUGUGAUGCGAGAAUCCCACCUUUCAUUUCCAAGAAAGUCGUUCUUUGGCAUGAAGGUUGAAACAAGUCUCAAGUAAUUAUCAACAGAGCCAGAUCCUUGCAUGCACAAUCGCUCUUCCUCUUUCAUGCUCCUUUUAUGUGUUUACAGUUGCUUGUGAUGACAUUGCAUGAACCAGCGAGCACAAGACUUAAAUCUGAUCCUUUUGUGUCGUGGACUUUCCACCAUCAGAUUUCUCAUCCUCUGUCCUGUGAUAUGAGCUGAUGGAAGUCUUUACACUGCGGCUGUGGAACUGCGUAUAUGACCUUUUGUUCUGUCUGUGUGAAAGAAAAGAUAACCGAUUGACGUCGUGCCUAAUAUGUGAAAAUGUGCAAGUUAAACACCAGUUGAACAUUCAGAUUUCUGCGAAGCUGCCAUUAGCUGCACAUUGUAUUGUGUCUGCAGCUCAUGUAAAAAGUGCCCUUGGAAAUGAAGUGAGAAAUGAAGGCGUUUAUCUGAAUUUUUCUCGUAUUGACAAAUUCCUAAUAAUUUCAAUUUAUUGCAUUUAACCAAACUAUAGCUAAUUAAUUUCAACAAAAUUCCCAAGGCACUGCAGUCUUGGCCAAGCUAAAAAUUUGAGUGUUUUUAUCUUUUUGGCCCCUGUUACAUGUGGCUAGAAAGCUUAAAAGGAAGAAAUUAAUGCUCUGAGAAAAUAGUUGUUCCAUUUUGCAACACAUCCCUAUUUUGUUACUUGAAGGGCAUUUCAAGUCCCAUGUCAAGGAAUUGAAAGUACUUUAAAUUCCUGCUUAAUAUUUAAUGGCUGGUAGCACUCCAAGUACUGAGUAGUCUCUGCCAAGGAAACAAAAUAAGGAAGAACUUUCUUCCCAGGCUAUUUGGGGUAGAUUUGUAUUGUGGCUACAGUGCUUCAGUGAUUAAAAACAUUGGUUUGAGGUUUUCAGAACCAUCAAGAAUUAAUCAAGCUGUAAAACCAGGGGAUGGAGUACAUGAGAAAGCAUGCACUGAUUUCUGGUAGUUUUCCAUAUGCAAAGAAAAAUGAUUUGCUAGUUCUGAUUGCUUUUGUACAUUCAUUACCCAAAAUCCACACUAGUUCCUUUUACAUUUCCAAAUUUUGGAGGACUAAGCUUCAACUCAAGUCGCUUAAUUUCUUCGCUUUGGUCUAUACUGUAGUAAGCGCUGUUAUGUAUUAUGACUCAGAUCUCAACAGUUUGUGAGUUCUAAGCUUCUCGUAGUUCCACUAGAAAUACUUUGUCGCAUGUAUUGUAUUACAAUCUGUAGUUUGGACUUACCUGCUAUUAUUUUAAAUAUAGUGUGAAAAAGUGUGAGUGUGAAAAGAUUGUAGUCUCAAUUGAAGUAGACCCCUGUUAAUAUGGAGUGUAUCCAUUAUAUCAUCUUAAGUGAGAAGGGAGUAGAAAAUGCUUGGAAAACUCACUUAACAGUUGCGGUUAUGUUUGAAUCCACUAAGUUCCAGCCAAUAUGCAAUUUUACAGUUUUGUUUUAAUAUAAGCCUGUUGUGAAACAGUGGAUUAUUGCGAUUUGUCUUUUCGGAUGCUAUGCAAAUACACAGAUAGAAGCAAUUACUUUCACCACAUUUUGCAUUUAUGUGGUCUUGAUUUAAUCACUACAGUGAUGGAAUUUUUUAAGGCUUUCAACAAAAGAAUUCCUAUUUGAUUGUUAAAUAAAUGGUGCUUCCAGUUCUUAGAGGCAGAAUUGGAAAAGACGAAGUUUUGUACUCUCUGGGUAGUGAUUAAAAAAGUUCUCUUUCCAACAGAUUCAACUGGAAUUAGCAGAUAUUUGUCUCAUAACAUCAAAACUAUAAAGGGAAUUGGAGAAACAUAAUUGGCAAAAGUGAAUCCUAAACACUGAAGUCACGAUAAAUAUACAAUACAUGUAUCAUAAGAGAUAAAAAUGUUUUGUGUUGAACGAACGUUUGUGAUUGCGGUUUCCUGUAUUUUCAACAAGACACCUAUCCUUCCUCCAGUCAGCAAAAGUUCUUACGUUAAUAAGAAUUAAACCCCCACCCCCCCAAUAAAAAGGUUUUCCUCAUUAAAUGUGGGUUUUACAGUUAUACAAUGUGAUGCUGUUCUAUCAUGCAAAAAGUCUGGAGAGUAGCACUACAAAUCCGAUUUUAAAAACAGUUGCAGUUAUUAUGCCAAAAGCACUCUUUUAUGUUAUGUCUUGUAGUAUCACUCUACAGAAUAUUGACCCUUGUUAUAAUUUCAUUCUUAUGAGUUACCCGGCUUCCAGUGCUGUCAUCUUGUACCUUCACGAGUGCUUAAAUAGUGCCAAUUGCUUUUUUACAUAUAAUAUUUCUUGUUUUUAGAUUUGCUGAGGAACUAAGUGCUAAUUACACACUUAAUCAUUUCUCCUAUUGGAGAACAAAACGAGUGGAUCAUGAAAUCUUGUAAAUAUUAAUUUGGAGUGCAAAAAAGUCUCCAGGUACAGUAAACAAAUUGUAUAUUUAGUGUAUCAAGGGGUACAUUGUACAUUUUUUUCUUAUAAAGCUUUUAAUUCUAUAUUUGAUCUAAUGGUUAUUCUAUGUAAAUGUAUUUUUACUCAAUGUUGAUUGAGUGUAGUGUAUGUACAGACUUUUUUUUCUAUUGUCAAAUUUUUUGCACAUUUUUUGAAACUGUAUAAUUUGUACACUGAUUUAAUACUCUUUCCAGUUAAUGCUGGGUGUUUGGAAUCUGGGUAUGCGUGUGCACUUUAAUGCUGUCUGUAUGUCUGUGUCCUUUUUGGGGAUAUUUUUCUUCUUUGUUGUAAAGAUACCUUGGGAGUCAGCAGCUUCCCAAUCUGCAGCUGUUCACAUAUCUCUUUCAGUAGGUACGUUGAAUAGAGGAAGAGUCCGUUUUGGAAAACGAGUCAGAAAUUAAGUAUUCAAGUUUGGAUACAAUCAGUAUGGUACAUUAGAAGCGCAAAGAAAAAAAUACUUAAUGUAGUACUUUACAUAUUGAUUAUAUCAUACACAAGUGAUAGAAUAACCAGAGACACUGCAACUAGGAACCUGCUGUAAUCAUUCUUUAUAAAUGAUCAAAACCUUUUGUUUCCAGUGGGUGGCUAAACCUUACAGGUAUUAAAGAACAUACUUACCUGCCCCGAUGAGUUACAGAUUUCUUAUAGUGCAGAUUAUUACACCACUUAUGGCAAAAUAGGUUACAUUAAAAAUUAAUAUGUAUGUAUUUCUAAGGCUGAGCAUUUGUACUGUUAUACAGAGCCAAUUGCCAAUAGUGAUUUCACUAGACUGCUAUUUUAUUACUAUCAAAGAUUGCUUUUUCUGCGCUUGGAUCAAAAUAACCCGUUUAUUUGUGCAUUCAUAACACCUUCAAAAAUCUCUGGAAGAAUAGAAAAGUUUCAGAAGCUUACAAAUUGAUUGGGACAUUUUGGAUGCCAGCUCAGAUUCUGCAUGUAGUCGUCUUCUGUUAAUAUCGCAGUUAUCCUAAAGCCCAGAGGUUGUCUAAAUUUUGUCAUGCUCUAGGAGAAAAAGACCGUUUUAUACUAGGUCUGGCUAGCUAUGGGUGGUGGGCUGCUGACAGCCAAGUAUUGAAUGCACUGUUGAAUGUCUAUGGCUGUACUGUAAUUUGUUUAGGGGAAUUGAUGUACUCCACAUGUAAGAACACCAUGGUUAGAGGAUAGGUUUUACACUCCAUGUGCACAUUUCCACUAUGACAUUUAAAAAUGUAUAAAUGUGUAAAUUGAAUAGGUACUUUUUUAAUUACACUUCCUGGUACAGUUGAAAUGUAUAUCCCACACUUUUGUUCUCUGUAUCUAUUGUAAAAGAAGCCAUGUUUAUAAUUAUAUUUGGUUUGUGACCAAUAAGCUUGUUUAUAUCAAAUCUGUAUAUCAGUGGUACGCAUAUUUUUUUUAUAUAUAUUUUAUUUUUGUUUUGUUUUUUAAGACUGAUUUUAUGCAUGACGAAAUCUGCAAGAUUUAGUACACAAAUGUCGAAGUAACAGAUUUGUUGCUUUUCUGAUAAAGCCCCCUUGUGGAACUUAAAGAAAAUAAGCUUUCAAAGAGGUAGCCCGUCUGGACUGGUGAACAUCUGUGAUAGCUGGCACUUUGCAGAGUGUUAAAUAAUAAUAAAAAUAUUUAUUUCACCUUU